CCACAGGAAGGAUCACGCUGUGGACUGUUAGUUCACAAAGCUCUGCAGUUAGGCUGCUGUGGAAGACCACUUAACUCUGCCUGUUGCUGCCUUUGAUGUUUUCCAUGGGAUAUUCAAUGAUGUGACCAGGAAAGAACCCAUCAAAUAGGAAGAGAAAGGCCAUCUCACAGAAAAAAAAAAAAAGAUCAUUUCUUCCCUUGAUUCCUGUCAUGCUUCCCAUCGCUUCCUGUCUUGUAUCUCAGUGAAAAAAUGUACCGAUUUCACACCAAAAGAGUAAAGGCUGCUGCUGAACAUGUGUUGACUUCAAAUCUCUACAAGAUCAGACGAUCUCUUAAAAAUGUUUACCAGAAAUGUAAGACCCAGUGCUCGUACUCAACUAGCUACCCAGCUACGGAUUCUUACGACUGUGACCAAGAUACUCUCAGUUUGAAUGAAGAAAUGAAUCUAACAACAAUGCUCCAAGACAUUAAAGGGGGACAAACGGAACUCCUCAGCCAAAUGACUGACAUUGUCAGUGCAAUAUCACAUAUCCAGGAAAAGACUGACCAUUAUCAGAAGCAGAUGGAAGUCCUAGAAACCAGAAUAAAUAUUAGCGAAGACAGACAAAUUGUAGCCACCAAAGAUAUCCUCUCUAUGAGAGAAGAAAUCAGCACUCUGAAGAAGAAGGUGAUGGAGCUGGAAAGCCAGAAUUCUCACUCCAGCAUACGCUGCCUAGAGGUUCUGGAGGGACAAAGGGGUAAAGAAAUUGUACAACUUAUCCAUAAGCUCCUGCAACCAGACAUUCCAAAGGACACAGACACUGAAAGCUCUUCAGCAGAAUCAGGAAGGGUACCUAGUCAAACGCAACCCACUGGUCAGAUUAAAGAAAAAACAAUGUCUCCUCAAAUUAAGACUCUGAAGAAAAAUAACAACUUCCAGAAUUCAUCCAUGAGUUGCAAAAAGGUAAGGUCAAAUAUUUAUAUUUACCCUGACUUCAGUACAUGGAUCAAACUCACUUUUGUUCAUGGAGGAAAAUGGAGGUUUUUCCUCAGUGCUACCAAGUUAGAGGAAUUCGUCCAGUGGCUUCUGUCUAGGCCAACCAUCCUUCCUGAGGAACCACAAAUCAUAUCCCAGAGAGAACGUGCUGUCGCUGGACCCAUUGAGAACUUGACCACAAUCUGUCUCUCUCUUUUCAACUAUCUUUACUGCCUUUUUGGUUCCUCAAAACAGGAAAUAACUCGUCUUUAGAGUCAUUUUCUGCUUGGCUCAGUAUAAAAUAAAUGUAGCCGAUUGGCUUCAAAUAGU